AUGUUCAAGUCUCUUCUUCUCAUUUCGUUUAUUGUAGCUUUGGCUUCUGCUUCAUUGGAUUCCAUCAAAUCCCUCAAAGACAUCUUCGAUUCUAUGGAUGAUUCACCUGCCUGUCAAAGGGAAUCCGCCAGAUUCAAAGAUUGUUUCAAAGAUGUUGAGGAGACCACCACUCCAUACAAGGAAUCUGGCGCGUUCCCAGCUCAAGAAGAGAUCCGUGAUGAGCUUCCAAAAGUGAAGAAAGCCAUUCAAUGCGUUGGAGAGGUCACAUGUAACAAAUUGAUUUUGACCAUGUACAUUGUGGAAUCCGCUACAUAUGCCAUGGAGAAAAUUGCUCUUGGAGGACAUGAUUGUUUUAAUGAGAGAAACCUCCAAUCCUCUACACUCAUCUGUACUCUGAAAGAAAUCCCUCUUGAACACAUUCAAUUCGGAGACACAUCCCUCAUCUCCCAAUCCGCUCGACCAAUUGCCAGAUGUGUUGCUCUCGAGCAAAAUUGCGAUGACGUGGCCAAAUUAGAAUUCUUGAAGGGGGCAACUGCUUUUGCGGAUUUGAGUCAAGUUGCCAUGCCAACAUCAUUUGCUGUUCAAGGAGGAGACUUGACUUAUAUCGAAACGUUUGAUAAGAAAUUCAAUCCAGCAGAUUAUGAUAAUUUGCAGUUGUAA